GUCACCAAUUAUGUCUACACUCCUCUGUCGCAGCCUCGAGCCAUCCGAGUCGCGACUGUCCUUCCGGGAGAAAGGACCGAUCCCGUCCAUAUGUUGCUUCAGGAACACAACCUAGACGACGAGAAUCUUCAGUAUGAAGCCGUAUCGUAUUGCUGGGGCAGUGUUCAUCGAACCUCGCAAGUCAUUUGCGAUAAUCAAGCGAUCAUGGUGACAGAGAAUCUCAUCGCCGCUCUUUUGAGAUUUCGAAAUCCCACCGAGGAGCGAAUCUUGUGGAUAGAUUCGAUCUGUAUCAAUCAAAACGCCAUCGAUGAGAGGAACCACCAAGUCAAGCUUAUGGGGAAUGUUUACCAAACCGCAAGCCGAGUGCUCAUCUGGCUGGGAGAAGAAGACGAAACUACGGAGCUUGCAUACAGCUGUAUACGAGCCUAUUUUGAGUUGAAAGAGCCUAAUAUAUGGCGGGAAUUCGAGUCUACCUCGCGGAAAAUACGGGGAUCUGCUGCCUGGGACGAAAAGAAUAAGACUCUAUCAAUGCUCAAGUACAAUCCUGCCAAGAUCGCGGCUGUUCAGGCCCUUAUUGAUAAGCCAUGGUUCUCUCGAGCGUGGACGUUCCAAGAAGGCAGAUUAUCGCGCGAGACUCUCGUUGUGACGGGCUCAUAUGAGAUACAAGGGCCAUCAAUAUCGAAGAUG